AUGUUAGGCGACGGCGACUAUAAGCUUAUUAUCGCUGACUUUGGUUUCCAUACAAAUAAACCUAAACUUAAGGUAUAUCGAGGGACAGUAUUGCAAACUGAGAGCAGUCUAGUGGAUAUACCGGCCAGUAUUGCGGUGUUUCAUAUGGAUGGCAACGAUCCGCAAACACCGGCUAUAGCUGUGGCGUCGGGCGCCUACCUCUAUGUCUACAAAAACAUGAAACCCUUUUACAAGUUUUCUUUACCCACUCUGGAAGUGAAUGGUAUGGAAAGGGAUGCCUGGAGUCAAGUGAAGGACGAAAAGAUCGAUACGUUGAUGCUUAAGGAUGUGUUGAAUAAUAUACGGUUAGAGAUCGGCGAUACCGGUCUGACCAGCCGUUCCCAGGCAUUCAUCGCACUGACCAACUCGGCAGAGAUGGACACAUUUGUGGACACAUAUAAGGAUCAGCCCCUCAAGAGACUGACUGUUGUCACGUGUCUGACGACGAUGAAGAAGACAGUGUCGGAUGAGAAUGCCGUCAGUUGUCUGGUGAUGGGCACUGAGAACCGGGACGUCUAUAUCCUAGAGCCCGACGCCUUCACUAUAUUAGUGACCGCAACGGUUCCGGCGGUUCCCGUGUUUAUCGAAGUGAACGGUCUGUUUGACGUGGAGUACCGGCUACUGGUGUCGUGUAGGGACGCCCACAUCUAUGCCAUCAAACGGGGCUACAAAACGGGUCGACUGUGUCUGCAAUUGAAUUCACAACCCGUGGGUCUGUUGAGAGUCAACAACCAUAUAGUGAUCGCAACGAUGAACCAAAUGCUCAGCACUUUCACCACAAAAGGUAACUGUCUGUGGAGUGUUGAACAGCCGGCGCUCAUCACAGCAAUUGAGUCAAUAGAGGUGGAGCGCCAGAGUCUGAAACUGAUUGCUGUGGCCCUGGAGUGCAAACAAAUCCAUUUAUAUCAAGACAGACAUAAAGUGGAUAUCUUGGACACCGACGACAUUGUGGUGGCCAUGAAGUACGGGCGCUUCGGAAGGGAGGACAACACUCUGGUGAUGGUCUCCCGGAACGGCAGUCUCACCGUUAAGAUACUGAAACGGACGGCAAAGUUCGCGGUCAAGGAGUUCGUCGACUCACCCGUACUGGCAGUCAACUCGAGGCUCAAUAUUCCCAAAAAGACUAAAUUGUUUGUCGACCAGACUAUGAGGGAAAGGGAACAGUCCAUCAGUAUUCACCGUACGUUUCAACACGACUUAUAUCGACUCAAAUUAAUAGCCGCAAGGUCUUAUGUCAAAGCCAUUGCUUCCAGCCUUAAUCCCUUGUCAUCCAAUGCUAUCGACCCCUUAAAGUUAUCCGCACAGGUGCACGGAUUGGGCCCUAUAUUUAGACUGGUAUUAGAGUUGCAAAAUACAUCACCGGACACACCGUCGAUGGACCUGUUGAUGACCUUCCAGUGCGAUGUCCGCAUCUAUACCAUUGAUAGGUCGGUCAUUCGCGUGCCAUUCCUGGCGCCGGGAUUUAUCUAUCCGUUCGCCACACGAAUAGUACUUGUGGUCAAGUCGGAUGAGAUAAUACCUAUAAUUACAGCCGUCAUCAAUAUGCCCGCCAUUAUGGACAGUAUAUCAGAGGCAAUCCUAAGGUGUCGGAAGGCAUUCAAUAGGAAUAUCACCCGAAAUGUUGAGUUCCGUAAAGAGCAGCUCAAAGCCAUCCAUCGAUUGCUUUCUGAAAAUGAAGAAAUGUUUGUCGACUCACUUGAAUUGGAUUUCAAAAAGCCCAAGAAUGAGGUGAUAAUGAAUGAGUUGGAGGUAACCAAAAAUGAUUUGGUCUAUCAGUUGGACAAUAUUGAUGAAUACGUUAAGCGCAGACCAGUCGACAAAUUAGGCUUUUCUGUGGUCGACGAGCCCUUCAUUCAGUACGAGCCCUACGCUGCCAUUACAGCGGGUAACUGUGCCAUUAUAAAGCCCUCAGAAGUGCCCAAAAACACUGAACACCUUCUGUCGGAACUUAUACCACAAUAUUUGGAUAAUAACUGCUAUCACGUGAUAACUGGUGGACCGGAAGUGUCGACAGAGUUAUUGAGGCAUAGGUUUGAUUACAUAUUCUUCACGGGCUCUACAACUGUGGGACGUAUUGUCUACGAGAGCGCAGCCAAACACUUAACACCCGUUACGCUGGAGUUGGGCGGCAAGAGCCCCCUUUGGAUCGAUGAGACUGUAGGAGACCUGGAGGUGGCCUGUCGUCGCCUACUUUGGGCUAAACUUAUAAACUUGGGCCAGACAUGUGUGGCACCCGAUUACGUGAUAACCACAUCCAAAUGUCAAACGCUGUUCAUCGGGACAGCCAUUAAGAUAUUGAAUGAAUUUUGUGGUUCAGAUCCGCAGAAGUCGAUGGGUUUGUCUCGUUUUGUGAACGAAAGGAACUUCAAUAGAGUUCACACUCUUCUCAGCGCCACUCAGGGCAAUAUAGUGUACGGAGGAAAGACAGACUUAGAGGACAGGUAUAUCGAGCCCACAAUAGUAGCCGACGUUCCGCCGGACGACUCGUUAAUGUCUGAAGAGAUAUUUGGACCCAUUUUGCCGAUACUUAUAGUGCGAGACGUUUGCGAAGCCAUUGCUUUCAUCCGAAGUCGUGACAAACCUCUGGCUCUCUAUGUGUUCAGUAGUGACGACCAAACUAUCAAUAAGUUUGUGGACCAGACAUCCAGUGGUGUGUUCUGUGCCAACGAUGCCAUCAUUAAUUUGAUGCUGGAUAGUCUGCCGUUUGGUGGUGUCGGCAAUUCAGGCACCGGUAGAUAUCACGGCAAAUGGUCUUUUGAGACCUUCUCUCAUAUGAAGGGAUCACUGAUUCGUAACUAUAAUAAAGAGAUGGAAGCGAUGACACAGAACCGUUAUCUGCCGUUCAGUGACGAGAAGACCGAUGCCAUGAAGAAUAUGGUUAGAAAGCCGGCGCCCUAUGAGAUGCCCGACAAUCGCUUUAUUAAUGAUUAGUAUUUAUACAAUAUUUCCA